UGGGUGGCGCUGGGGGUCAUUCUCGGCCGACAGCGGAGUCGAGGCGUAGUGUCAUUUAUUCAUUAUUUAUUUUCCCAUCUCGAAUCUUUUGCGAUAUCACGUUGACACUGAUGUAACGUUACUCGGAUCGGGAGGUUGCCUAUGGGGCAGUAGUAUUGGACUUGCAGUAAUCACAUGUGGAAUGCGCACAAUUGAAUCAAUCGCAUAGGGUUACAGGGCUGCACGGGAAGGCAGUUCCGGUGCACAUUCCAUGCCCUGUGCACACAAAAUCCUCUCCGUCUCUGCAGCCGUUACAGAAACUGUAGCCGCCUCUUAAGGGGGAAGGGGGGGGCGUACAGUCCAUCUACAAUUAUCUAAAACUACAAUACAAAUAAUUAACAAAAUUCACGAGCGGAUAAUAUGCCUUCCUCACGUAUCUGCCCCUCAACGUAAAAAAAAAAGUAUUUAUAUUUUUUUGCACAACCCGUUGGCCACAUGGACAUUCUGGGAAGGGCGCAUCACAAUCGUGGUGCCGGUUUAACACAAGCAUAACUUUGGACCGGUUUAGAGAUUCCAGUGUCUCAUUGGCAGAGUUCUUCAUGCGACACUGCUGCACUCACAGAUGUUUACAGGCGAGGACCCUCUUUCUGUUAGACAUGGGACUUAGAAUUACAUAAUAGGUAACACAAAGUAAGCAGCGCUGUUGGGGACAAUAUAAAGAAUACAAUAAUAAGCCUAAUUCUUCACCACAACCUCUUUUGCAAUUGCCAAUCUACAGCAACAGCUCCUCACCAUUAAUUCCCAUCACUAUUAUGUAACUGUCCUGGCCAUCUCAAUAUCAGGCACUCCUCUAUGCCUAGCAUCUCAAUGCUAUUCUAUUCUUGCAUAGGGCAGCACUAUGUUACAGGAGCUGAAUGCCAAUGGCGAGUUCUGCAAGCCACAUGAAGAGGGCUUCGGGAGAGAGAGUUCGUGCAGUUAUGGUUUUCCUCAUCCAUUGAAAGAGCGUAAACCACAGUGGUUUAUGAUACAUAAUUUGGACUGCAUGGCCACAAUCGCACACCUGUCACUUGUCUUUAAUGUAUCGACAAGUAUCACUAUGAGUCUCUAUGUAUCUACGUGUCUCUAUGGGUUUACUCUAUUGUUCAUAGUUUGGGUUGCAUGGGCACAAUCGCACGACUGUGGCUUGUGUCUUUAAUUUUCCAUUCAUGAGGGAUGUUUUGAUGCGGUUGCUCUUACAAUGCACGUCACACACGUAAAUACGAUGCUUGUUAAACGAUAACCGGUAAUCUGCUGAUCGCUCUCAGAACCGGUUACCAGUCCCGAAAGUCAGGAACCAAUAAACAUUUCCAGUCGAAUUUCAGUAUCAAACACACCCAUUGGCCACUCGCGAACGAACAAUCCGCACGAUGGCCCAAGUCACCGAGUGGUUGAUUUUCCCUCACAUCUCAGUACUAAGGUAAAGGGGCCGCCCUGCACUUGCUCGCUCGUGCCACGGCUGGCAGAAGGCCCUCCACGAGAGUGGGCUCUACAAAAGGUAUCUGGGCUUCUCUUCCACGCUGGAGCGGUGACACAGCCCAGCAGUAGCGGAGGUUCAUGGUUAAAAUUCUGCGGCCGCCUUGGGUAAUACUGCAACCCGGUAACCAUAAAUAGUUUGGAUCCCCUGACGUCAUUCAAAAAGAGUAGGCCCUUAUGUGGCAGCGUCAGGAUUCAUAUUUUUCAAAUGCAAAAAAAAUAUCAGAAAAUGUCUCAAUUGAGAUUACGCACAGCAACAAUCAUCACCCUCUACUGGCAGACCAAUGCCCACUUGCAGGCCAGGUGCUGAGUCACUUUGUGCCACACAGGAGCAGUUGCUACUGGGUGUACCCUUUGAAAUUUGUUAAAAUGAGGUGUAAUGUAAGUCAUCGAUCGUGUGUAAAUCCCUCUGAGACGCCCCGGCGUAAAGGAGGGUGUCUCAAUUAAAAGCGAAUUGUUGUUUUCACAGAUGUAUCACGAGCAUGUUGCUUUAUUGUAAAGUAAAAUAUUUUGCCUGGAUAGUCCCUUUAGAUAGAGCAUCUCAUUUUUAAGGGUGUUCAGGGCGUAAAGUGACACAUACGUAGCAAACACGUGAUGACGUGCGUGUUUAUGAUCCAACACUCAUUGAUUCACACAAGUCACUCAUUCACCGGCGGUCAGUCCCCUGCGUAUCACUCUUCUGUCCCUACCCCUAUGGUUACUGUUCUAAUGAACUUCCAUAAUGGAUUUCUCCGCCCAUGUUGAGGACUCGGUCCACCAGACACCGACUAUCAGUGUUCAGCCACCACAUUGCAGGUCACAAAAAGACAAUAAUUCAUUCACCCACUCUGCCACCACACUGCAGAUCACAACACUUUCUACUCCUUGCCUCUCACUACUCCUCAUUUGAGCAGGAAAUCCACUUUGAUUUAAGACUCUCGGCGCGAGUCAGCGUGAAUACCGUGUAUGUGCACGUGUCCUUUCAGAAAAAGUUUGGCAUACAAACCACGGAGCUCGUGCUGCACGGGCUGAAGCCGGGAGAGCGAUACUACAUUCGCGUGCGCUGCCGGGCCACCAGCUCCCCGUUCUGGAGCCCGUGGAGCGCCGAGGUUGAAAUUCAGCCGCCCAUCGGCAUAAACCAAGUGGCGCAGUGGGCUGUUGGCGUGACACUGCUGGCUGCCGUAAUGGGUGCUAUGGUGACGCUGCUGUUCCUUGUCACCCUGAUCGGCACCCGCAAAAGGAUCAAGAGAGUCUUUCUGCCGCCAGUGCCAGGACCACGCAUCACAGGGAUGGAUCAUGACCUGCUGAAGAAAACUCCGCCGGAGGAGCUGCACGGGAUCUUCGCGCUGUUCCACAGCUACACGCCUGCGCGCUGCGAGGACACCGACUCGUGGGCAGAGUGCGUCGAGGUGGGGCUGGAAGGGACCAGGGAGAGCAGAGGCCAUGACGCCAAUGGGGAGUGCGGGACCGGAGAGGGUGGAAGACUCCUGGGAAAAGCAAGGCGUGUUGGAGGAGGUGAGGAGAGCGAGGAGGACGAGGAGGAUGAGGAGGCGCUAGACUCUGGACAUGAAAGUUCUGCGAGCGCGGAUGGGAGAAAGGGAGUGGGCAGCUUGCCGAGUAGACUGGGCUUGGACUCAAUGCUCUUGCUGAGGGUCAAGGCCACUGCAUUCACUGCCGUGCAGGUGAAGGGUCCUUCGCAGGAGAAGACGAAGCAUGCGGAUGUGUCCAGUGAGCAGGUUUCAGGGACAGACUUCACCCGAGAGCUGGGUGCUGGAGAGAACCCCAGGUUUGUGUCACCUCCUCAGCAAGGCCCAUCGGGCCACUGCGGGUUCGGAGCCGUGGCCGUCUGCAGCGCGGACAGGUCGGCCGUGGGUCGAUGUACAGAUCCGAGUGGGAAAAAUGCGAACGAGCCCGUCGGCAUGAGGUCGGGACUGCUGGACGUGUACGCGCACGUGACCGACAUCAAGGCCGAUGGCAGCAUCCUACUCCAAAAGACGGCGAGUGAGCCGCCGGUGCCCUCUGGGAAGGGUUCACCGGAAGAACAUGGACCCAUGGCCCCAGCCUUCUCCUCGGCCUCUGCCCUCUUGCCGUACGUGCAAAUCCCUCUGCACUCCGAAGCAGCGGCGGCGGCGGCUGCCGAUCCAGGAAACUCGGCCGACGAGCAACGGGUCGCCCAGGAGAUGCCGUCCAUUCCGUUGCGUUACGACACGGCCUGCAAUCCACACUCAGCCAACACGAGCAGAGGAAGCCCUCUCAUGGGUGGAUAUGUGUCCUCAGAGCAACUGGGUGUGUUUCAAAGCCAGCCAAUGGGAUUGCACGGUUAAAGUGUCCAGGCGUUUGCAACACUACAUUGGAUCCAUAUGAUGUCAUUAAAGUUGGCUUGCACAGAACCCAGGGCUCUACGCGCUUGGGCCGGCAGAGAGGUUGUGACGUGCCACCGAAAUGUUAUUUUUCCUCGGGGAGUGGGGGGGGAAAGUGAAUAUUUUUGCACAGCGCUCCAGUCUUCCCAACAACAUGGGUUCUUCUCAAAGCAGAGACGGUCGGCAUUUUGCAGUCCACACCAGUGCCCCCCCGUGUACCAUCUGGCGCAGUGCAGCAGCAACAACUGCUCGUGUGAAGACGGAGGAAGUGCUGAGCAGACGGAGGAAGUGCUGAGCAGACGGAUGUGACGUGGCAUGGAAAAGGCACUCGAAUGAGACAAGCGGUGGGGGAGAGACAGCGCAGACAUUGACUUGGGUUGCCACCUGUCCUGGUGUGACCUGAUUAAAGUCCGAUAAUUGGCAUCCGUGUUCUGGGUGACAGGAAAUGAGGUGUGCCCGAGAUCUGGUGCCGUUAUCGUGUUGAACUUUACGGCACUGUUUUUGAUAAUAGAUCGAGGCUGACCGAGAAAUAUGACCGAGGUUGGUCUGCAGUGGAACAGUUUGGUGACCCCUAUCAUUCGACACAGUCAUCGACCGUGCUCCGGAAAGUCGAGUGACAGAAUGCCUCUGGUGUCGGGGCCAAAGCUCUGCCCAGAGUUCGUGUGGCUUUAGGCCAGUGUGUGAAUGUUCUUUGACAUAAUAGCUGUUUUUGGGAUUCUGUGGAAAUUCAAAAGAAGUGGAGCCUAUCCCUGGCAUUCCUGGACACCCUUGCAAACAAGAUGUUCCAUCUCAAGGGAUUUUUUCUAAGUGGAAUAUAUUAAGUGUGUUUUUCUUCUUCUAAUGAAACAGGUGGAGAGGACUGUCAUGUACUUGAAAUGAAGACACGGCAUGGAUUACAAUGGAACUGACACACACCACGCUCCAGUUUUAUACCGUGCUAGAGUUGAUCUUCUGGCGCAAGAACGGGCCAGUUGUUGAUCGACGGGAGAAAUUUGGCGAUAGUGGCUUUUUAACUGACGUUGGAAUUAUUUUAGUGAUUGUUACAUAUACGAUGCAACUAAUCUACCUUAUUGGAAUGUACACACCUAGUUUAAACGAAUGUAUACGCUUUUUGAAAUAUUCCUCGUUUUUGGAACUCGCUUACACUAGAAACAGGCAUUUUUUUUUUUUACAAAAAGCCGACGCGCAAAUUUGUAUUUUGUAAAUAACUGUACAUGUAAUAAUAACAUCCAAUGCGUAUUCACUGUAUAACUGUAUUGAUAGUUUCUAUAGUGCGCGUUUGUAGAUAGACUGGUGGAUGCAUGAAGCACGCAUCACGUUUGCAUAAUAGGAUUGCACACAAUGCCGUGUAGAUGUUUUUCUUCUGUAGGCACAAAGCGACACUUGGCAGAGUGUCGUGAUUGGCGGUACUGGGCAAAGAAAAGAUCGUCGACCUUAGGCGCUGUGUGCCCCCCCCCCCUCCCAUCUUUUGCAAGGCGACUUUUUUUUCUAGGUGCCGUCAAAUCUCGCCACGAUUAUUGACCCAGUGCUCUUCGUGCGUCCUGUUGGCAGUGUGGAAUUGUUGUUUUUGUACGUUUCUCGUCGACGCGCGCUGCGGUGAUACGCACGAGACGUGAGGGGCAACCCCAACCCCACCCCCCACUCCCUUGGCAGUUUUGAUUUUCGAUGUUUUUUUGACCGCACGCAUUCCGACACUGCAAACGAAUAAUAAUAAUAAUAAUAUCCCUUUCUUGAACUAGCCAUGGGGGUGGGUGACUCGGUGGUACAAGCAAGCGGCUCGUAAUGGUUAAGGUUGUGGAAAUCGAAAUCCUGAAAUCGAGAUUGAUAAAAAAAAGAAUGAGGACCACGUUGUGGGGAAGUCAACAAGCAUGUUGGAAUGUGGAAUUUCCACCACUGGCUCUGCAGGACUUUUAAACAGGAGAUGAACACCAAUGCCUCAAUGCUCAUGCGAUCAGGUAAAUGACUGACUGGCAUUUAUAUUGCAUUAAAUGACAAAAUAAGAUAUAUUCAACUUCCCACCGGUUUAAGCUCAGGGUAGAGCCAGGGAUUUGUACCUAGGACUUCACAAGGGCCGGUUCAGUACUCCGAUACAUAUUGUCGCAUCUAUGGCACCAGUCACCCGCUCAUGACGAACACUUUGAGACUAUUUAAAACGUAGUUUCUGAGCACAGGGGUCAAAUGCCCAAAAUGUCAAGUUUCCAGCAAAAACAGGACCGUCAAAGUUUCAAUAGAUCAAGGGUUAACACGUUUCUUGCAGCUAGCAAGGUUAUUCCAAAGCUGUGCGAGGGAAGAAGCAAAACGGGAAGUGUUUUGACCUACAAUUGUGGUGAGUCAGUGGGUGACGCGUGAGUGGCUAAGUGAUUGAGUGGCUAAGUGAGUUCGUGAGUGGAUUCAGGGGGUGGGUGAGUGUAUUGUUGUGGUGACCUGCAGUAUAGUGGCUGAACAAUGUGGAUGAGAUGAAACGGUGUUGUGUGGCUCGACAAAGAGUCAAACGUGUUUGGGUGAAUCAAUGACUGCAGCUCAUGGGAGCGGUAACCACGGUAGUAGCGAUAAAAGAGUGAUGAGGAGGCGACGAAUCGCCGGUGAGCGAGUGACUGGACGUGAAUCGAUGAGUGAUGGAUCAUCAAUCACCGUCCGCUGCUUUGAGGUAGCAGGACCUGGCUGUUCCACCACAGAUAUGCACCAACACGCACACAACAUUUACCGUAUUCACACCGCGUGUAUGGUAUUUGUCGGUACUGUUUUACUAAUAACGUGAGGCGUUUAGCAAGCGGACAUACUGUAUUGAAUGUACCGUGUGGUACUGGAUGUAUAUGCAGUACAGUAUCUCCAGUAUACUGUAUGUACAUACAGUAUGUACAAUGUACAUAUUUUCUGUUCAUGUACUCUAUAUAUAUGAAUGUAUUACACAAUAAACAGUACAUAUAACUGCAUGGUUCCACACUCCUGCCUAUAGGAGUUGCGCGAUGCCCCUUUGGGUGUAUAGGCAUAUGUAUGAAUUACAUCAGUGUAAAAACUGCUCCAUCCCCUGUAAGCAUACUAGUGGUCUGAGUAUCAGGGGUAGUUCCAAAGUUGACUUAUUGUUAAAAACCGUACACUAUGUUGAACGUAUAUAGGCAUGCGAGAAAUUUCAAGACCAUUUUAGUGUUUUUUAUUAAUGUAAAUAUGCUGCUAAAAGCAACAUCCCAUUAAAAUGCAUGUGAUUAAUGUAUUUUUCCUGAAUACGUUAAAUAAAGGACUGGCAUAACACUCA